AACACUGAGACCUGCCGCUGCUCACCGCCGCCGCCGCCGAAGCCACCCCGGCCGCCUCCAUGAAAGGCCGCAGCAGCCACCGCGGGGCCGCUCCCACCUCCGCCGCCGCUUCGACUUCCAGCAAGCGCGACCCCGAAGACGAGCCCGUCUCAGCCUCCGAGGAAUCGGGCGACGAGGAGCAGGAUGUUUCCUCGUCGUCGGGGUCGGAGUCGGAGUCGGAGAACGACGAGUUAACGGACCGGGAGAGGAAGCUGGAGCGCGUGCUCGCCGACGUGCCCUUCGGGGAGCUGCAGCGGGCGCGUGCCGACGGGUCGCUCGGGGCUCGGGGUGUUUCUGCCGCCGCCGCCGCGCAGAAGAAGGCUCGCAGGGAGAGCAGGAAGAGGCCCAUGGAGAUUAGCACGAAUGUACGACCGCCUAGACUCAGGGAGGUGAUUCAGGUUCCCAAGAAGGUUGUAAGGGAUCCAAGAUUUGAACCUGUAUAUGGAGCUGUUGAUAAAGAAGGGUUCAGGAAAAGAUACAAUUUCUUAUUCGAUCAUGAUCUGCCUGCAGAAAAGGAGAAACUCCAAAAGUCGAUUAAGAAAUUGAAGGACCCUAAUGCCAUUGAAGAAGUGAAGAAUCAAAUCACCUGGAUUGAUAAGCAGUUGAGGUCUAAUCCUCAGAAGAACGUUGAAUCAGAAAUUCUGAGAGGACAUAUUAAGAAAGAGAGGGAAGCAGCAAAGGCCGGAAAACGACCAUAUUAUCUGAAGAAAUCUGAAAUUCGUGAAAGGAAGUUGAUGGAUAAGUACAAUGAGCUCAAGGAGGCAGGAAAGCUUGAUUCCUUUAUGGAGAAGCGACGCAAGAAGAAUGCGUCCAAAGAUCAUCGGUUCAUGCCAUACCGAAGGGAUGGGGGUGCUGCAUAACAAUGCCCCCGAAGCCGCUUUUCGGUUGAUUCGGUCUUGGUCUAUUUUGUGCUCACAGGGUUGUACCAGCGCUCUCUACUAAUCUUGUUGUUGCCCUAGUGUCCCAGAUAUUCACCAGCAACCAUGAGUUGAAGUUAAUCCAUGGACCAUAUAUUUAUAGUUGAGCUCUGGUUGCUGGUAGCAACAUGCAAUUGUAAACCCAAACCAUGGAUAUGAUAUUUUGUUUCAUCUAGUGCUUUAAUUAAUGCCGGUCUUUCUGUGUAA